AAAAAAGUAAAAUUUUCUAAAUCAAAGGACAUCGAAACGAGAGUUUUCUAUUUUUUUAUUUUUGAGAGCAAUAUCGUUAUCUAAAAGAAGUGUAAUUUGAAACAGUUAUUGUGAACUUUGUUUUAAGAAAAAUAUUUUAAAGAAAAAAAGGUCCUGUCUCUUGUGUACCAGAGUCUCCUUAAUUACAUGAUAUCCUUUCUAUAUAAAAUAUAAACUACGCGAAGGACAUUAUAGUUCUUUAUAGAGUGCAUUCUCUUGAGUAUUAUUUUGUAAUAAAAUAUCCUUUUGAACAUCUUUUUUUUGUGUGAUUUGAAAAAGUAAUAACCAGCUACAAUAUGUCAACAUUCAGCAGAACACUUCUUAUCACGAUGUCAAUUUUAUUGGUUCUCAGUUUUGUUGAUGCUGGCCCGUUUACACUGACAUUUCCAAUGUCAGUGAGAAAUGGACGACAAAUUCGUGCCCCUUUUAAAAAUCACGAAAUAAUGGUUGCUCGUGGAUAUGGUAAGAGGGAUGGAUCGAUGAGUCGAGACAAGAUGUCCAGCAAUAGUUUGGAAGACCUCGAUGAUGAAAGUAUUCCAAUUGAUUGGAUGGCACAUGAAUUGACAGCGAAUCCAGCUCUUAUUCGAUUACUGCUUCAUAGAUUUGUUGAUAUUAAUCAUGAUGGUGCGAUAAGUGCACGAGAAUUACUUGGAAAUUCACAAGAUGGAGCAACUGAUAUUUAUUAAUUUAUUUUUUAAAUAAUCUCAUAAAUAUUUCUUAAAAUAAAAAAACAAACAAACAGCUUAAAAUCUAUAAAACUACACAACUGUGUAAAUGUAAAAAAAGGCCUCCGAAAUGAUUUAAAAAUACUCUUUAUCUAAAAAACCAUUAAAAAUAUUCUAUUUAUGGCUGGAAGAAUAUUCUUAAUGGCAAAAAUAUUUAU